UUGACUCUUUUUUGGAAGAUAAGACACGCUGCUUUGUAUGUGUGUACUGUCAGUUCAAAGAUCACUAUGGAUGAUCCAUUUGAUUCAUAUCCAGAAAUUGAAGAAAUUAAAGAAGAGCUGCUAAACAAUGGCCCUGCUGCAGCAGCUGAAAAGGCUCAAGAACACUUGAAAAAACUAAACAACAUUCCACUAAAUAUUGGCAUCACAGGAGAGUCUGGUUCUGGUAAAUCUACCUUUGUGAAUGCCUUCAGAGGCAUAGACAACAGGGAUGAGAGAGCCGCCCCUACUGGUUCUGUAGAGACCACCUCAGAGGUUAUACCUUACCACCAUCCAAACUAUCCCAAUGUUACAUUAUGGGAUCUCCCUGGUAUUGGCACCACCAACUUUCCUGCUGACAAGUACCUGGAGCAUGUUGAAUUUGAGAAGUUUGACUUCUUCAUCAUCAUCUCUGACACUCGCUUCAGAGAAAAUGAUGUGAAGCUCGCUCAGGAGAUUCAGAAGAUGAGGAAAAAGUUCUACUUUGUUCGCUCAAAGAUUGACCAUAACUUACGGGAUGAGGAAAGAAGUCAGAGGGAGUUCAAUGCAGAAAAGACUCUGGCACAAAUCAGGGAAAACUGCAUUCAAGGUCUUCAAAAACAAGGUGUUGAUGCUCCACAGGUCUUCCUGGUGUCCAGCUUUGAUCUCCACCUGUAUGAUUUCCAUCUGUUAGAGGAGACCUUAGAGAGAGAACUUCCUGCACACAAGAGGAAUGCUCUGCUGUUGGCCAUGCCCACUGUCAACCUAGAGAUCAUCAACAAGAAGAAAGAGGUUUUACAGGCCAAAAUAAAAUAUGUUGCAUGUAUGUCUGCACUUAUAGCAUCUGCACCAGUUCCUGGGCUCUCUUUUCUUACUGAUCUGGCCACUCUAUCUAAUACUGUCAGAGAAUACCAAGUUACUUUUGGUCUUGAUAGUGAGUCAUUGCAGAAACUUGCUCUUAGUGCACGUGUGCCUGUGGAUGAUCUUAAAGCAGUGAUGAAAUCACCACUGGCUGCAACAGAAAUAACCAAAGAGCUUAUCAUUAAGCUAUUGUCUUUGUCUGUAAGUGGAGCUGCAUUAAUGGCAGCAGAAGAAGGAUCCAGAUUCAUUCCAAUAUUUGGAAUCCCAGCUGCAAUGGCCCUCUCUUUUGCUUCCACCUACAACAGUCUGAAUACUUUCCUCAACAUGCUCGCUGACGAUGCACAGAGAGUAUUUAAGAAGGCCCUGGGUUUGAACACCUCGGUGUGAUAUCAUAUGGUGAAUGGAAAUAUGGCAU